AUGAACACUGCUGCUGACGAUCUUGACGACGGCCUUGCCUACGAUGUUGAAUUUAGUGACUCUCCGUUAAGCGAUUCCGAGACUGUUGAUAAUAAAGUCCCUGAAAGGACCGACGCCGUGACUGGCUCCAGCUCCAAAAAGCGGAAGAAGAAUCAAGGUGGCUUGAAGGACAAAAAGAGGACGAAGAUGGAACAAGAUAUCGAUCGGAAACGCAAUUUGGCUAAACAAGAUGUUGAAACAAUUUCCGAAUACCUCAAUGAUAAGAUACGACGUAAGUACUCGGACCUUUCAGCUUUAGAGUUGGCUGAGAAGUACUUCAGCAAGAGUGACGUGAGACUGACUCAGGACUUUGAUGAUGAACGAAAUUUGACAAACUUAGAGCUGUUCAUCACAAGUCGAUUCAAGAAUAUGUUGCUGCCGAAACAAGAUGAUGAAGUCAAGUACAUUGCCAUAUUGCUGCUGCUGGCGAUUAGAGCCUGCGAUACCCAUCGGGCGACCAAAGAUCUCAAGAAUGGACUGGUCAAGUUGAUCACAAAGAAUAAAUUAUCUGCUGACAUUUCGGUUAUGCUGAAAACACGAUCAAGAGUAUUAUGUCUGACCCCGGCGCGUAUUCUCAAAGUUCUCGAACUGGAUGAGUUAUCAGUGUCUAAGGACAACGUUAAGAUUGUUAUUAUUGACAAUUCUUAUUUGGACAAGAAGCAGCAAAAUAUUUGGGAUUUAGCAGAAGCUAUUGAUGCUGUCAAAGAGCUCACUUCAGCUGGGGCAAAAUUAUAUUUCUACUGA